AUAACUCUCAUAGAAGCAGGAGCAUUCCCCACCGCCAUUAAAAUCCUUCACUGCACUCUUUUCCAUCUCUCUCUCCCAGACUUCAUAUCCGAUCCCGCUUCAUCAGAUCUUUCAAGAAAUUCACUUCCUUCCAGAAUCGGAGCGAAGAUGAACGAUCUGAUGACGAAGUCGUUCAUGAGUUACGUCGAUUUGAAGAAGCAGGCGAUGAAGGAUCUCGAAUCCGGGCCGAAUCCGAAUGUGGAGAUGGGUCAACUCGACCCGGCCGACGAAACGAAGCUAUCCCUGUUCUUCGAAGAGGUGGGGUCCAUCAAGUCCGCCAUGGAUGAGAUCUCCAAUCUCCUCCUCGAUCUUCAAGAUCUCCACGAGCAGAGCAAGUCCUCGCAGAGCGCCAAGAUUCUGCACGGACUCAGAGACCGGAUUAACUCCGACAUGGUCGCCGUCCUCAGGAAGGCGAAGAUCAUCAAGACGAAGCUCGAAACCCUAGACAGAUCCAACCCCUCCAGAUCCGAUCAAACCCCAAUCGCACGGACGAGAAUCUCCGUCACCAACGGCCUGAGGCAGAAACUGCGGGAUCUGAUGAACGAUUUCCAGUCCCUGAGAGGGAAGAUCGUGACGGAGCACAAAGAAUGCCUGAAGAGGAGUUACUGCGCCGCUACAGGGCGGGAGCCGAGCGAGGAGACGGUGGAGAAGCUGAUGGCCGGCGGAGUGACGGUUGCCGCCGCGUCGGAAAUUGCGAAGGAGAACCAAGAGCGGAACGAGGCGGUGAAGGAGAUUCAGAAAAGCCUGGCGGAGCUCCACCAGGUGUUCCUGGACAUGGCGGUGAUGGUGGAGACUCAAGGGGAGCAGAUGAACAACAUAGAGCAGAAUGUGGUGAAUGCCGGGUCGUAUGUGAAAGACGGGUCGAAGGAAUUGGAUCGGGCGAAGAAGAUGAAGAAGAAGAAGACUCUGCUCUGCUGGAUUGGGUUUAUUCUUCUCACUAUCCUCUUGAUCUUCGUUCUCGCCAUUCUCUUCUGAAGAUCAUUAAGAUGAAUGAAUGUAUCUAUCCUUGAUUCUCAUUUCAUUUUCUUGUUUGCAAAUAUUCAUACUAUGGCUUCUUCCCCUGGAUUCUUUUGGUUGAUUGGGCUUUUCAUUGAAUCCCAGUACAAAAGUUUU